UAUAAUCAUUGGAUGAUUAUAUGAUAAUAUGUUGGUUAGUGAGAUUCUAUGAAUGAAGACAAUGGAGAGAAUUUCACUUUUUUAGAGUCUGAACAAUUAUGGAAUGAAGUUUGUGAAAGAUUUGGUCAAUCAAAUGGACCGUAAAUCUAUCAGUUAAAAAGAGAAUUAGACAACUUAAGGCAAGAAAAUAUGUCUAUUACGUCUUACUAUGGCAAGAUAAGAGGUUUUGGGAUGAGUUGCAAAAUUUACGCAGUUUACCUUCUGGCAACCGUGGAGUAAUGGAUAAAUGUAGUUGUGAAUUUCUCAAAAGAUUAUCUGAAUUUAAAUCUGAAGAAAGGUUGAUGCAAUUUCUCCUAGGUUUGAACAACGAUUUUGAAAAUGCUAUAAAUAACAUUUUAUCAAUGGAACCUUUGCCAUCCAUGAAUAAAGCGUUUUAUCUUGUUCAACAAGUUCAAAAACAGAAAGAGGUGAGUGAUUUUAAUCAUUUUUCUAAUUUUAAUGAGGUGAGUGCUCUUGUGGCUCAAAUUGAUCAAACCAGAGAUAAUUUUAGGACGGAUUGGAAGAAAGACAAACUUGAUAGAAAGUGUGAUUUCUGCAAGAAAAUUAGUCACACAAAAGACCAAGAUUUCAAAUUCAUUGGCGAUUCUGAGUGGUUUACAGACAAUAAAAAGAAGUUCAACAAUGGAGGGAGUAAUUCUUAUGUUUCUUCCUCAACAAGAAUUGCAGCACAUGUUUCUACUGAUGCAUGUUUUGAAGACAAUCCUUUAGACUAUCAUAUUGCUGUUGUUGGUCCUUCAAACUAUGGGAGUACUGGAGUUAAUAAUGGUAAUGUUCAUGGAGCUGGAAGAGUUAGCUUUGACAUGAUGCGGUUUAUUAUGCAAGAAGUUCUCAAAGCCAUAAAGGGAAAACAUGUUAUUGGAAAAUCUUCCAAUAAGACUGGUUACGUCUAUGCUCAUUGUGCAGAGAGCAAUUUGAAUAUGGGUUUCUCAAAAUAGCUCAUGUACAAAGUCAACAUCAGCUUGCAAACUUUCUGACAGAGCUUGUCUCUGGUCCUCAACAUCAGUUUCUUGCGUCCAAGCUUGGCCUUGUGGAAUCUUCACAUAUCCAGCUUGAAGGGGCAUAUGAAAUAUAUAUCUCAGUCUUAGUUUCCAGUUUAAAUAAAACACAGACAGAAUUAUGCUGUAAUAAUAAGCUAAUUGCCGAGGUAACUAACUUUUGGUUUGCUACUAUAAGUAGCGUAGCUGAACCUUUUCUCAGUUUAUGAAAUUUGAUUAUAUUUUGAAGGCUCAGUUUAUUUUCUCAGUGUUUCUUUUAUCUCAUAUUGAAUCUCUCAAAUAUUUUCAUUACACCUACCAUAAGA